GGGGCGCGCUGCGCGUGAGGUAGCAGCGUAGCAGGUCCCGUCCCGGGCCCCUGCGGCGCUGAGAGCUGCGCCCCCCAGGUCCCGACCCCCCGCUGCUGGCGUCCUCGGCGCAGGGCGUGGGACAGCGCCGGAGACGCACCAUGUCCCAAAAGCAACGGGAUCUGCUGGAACUGGGGCGGCUUGAAUACUUACAAGCGCUGGUCACCGAGUUCCAGGUAACAGAGAGUCCAGGAAUUAGACAGCCCAGCCCAUUUCAGCUGCUGCUUUCUUCACCUAAGUGCUGCUUAUAUAUUGCAGAAGCCAAGGAGCAAGUACUGGCUAAUCUAGCCAACUUCGCCUAUGAUCCCAAGAACUAUGAAUAUCUCCGACAGCUUCAAGUCCUUGACCUGUUCCUGGAUAUGCUCACAGAGGACAAUGAGAUCCUUGUGGAGUUUGCAAUUGGUGGUCUUUGUAAUCUGUGUCUGGAUAAAACAAACAAGGACUAUAUUUUGGAGGCAGAAGGGGUGGCACCUGUAAUAAACUGCUUAUCCAGCUCAAAUGAGGAGACAGUGAUGUCAGCAGUGACUACUCUGAUGUACUUGACCACACCCCAGUCUCGCCAACAGACCACAGCGCUCCCGGUGGUGGAGUGCAUGCUACGUUUCUCCCUCUCAGCUAACAGGAGGCUAAGCAACCUAGCAAGGAUCUUCCUUCAGGAUUACUGCUCUCCUAUGCAGGUGGAGGAAGCCAGGAACCUGAGCAAACAUACAGCUGUAGGGAUCCCACUCCCAAAGGACUGAUGUUAUGCAGAGCAGAUGGAGUAUUUUAAGAUUAUUAUUGCGUGAGAAGAAAUAUUCUUGACUCCAUCUUUAGAGCCCCCUCCACCUGCAGGAUAGGUCAAGAGGCUGGUGAAACUAGUGAAAGACAUUCCUAAAAUUCCGCCUCAGUUUGAAAGGGGCAGGUGGGGAGCCAGGACAUGGGUCCAGAAGACAGGAUUAGCAGUUGAACUGCUACAAAACAAAAUUAUGGCUGUUAGAGAGCAGGACAAGCAACUCCUGAACCAUCAUCCAAAUAACCAUUUCUGAUGUUACCAUUUCCAGUGUGGGUGUCAGGUAAUGUAAACCCAACACAAUUCUUUUGCAUCACCUUUGCCCUAGCUGCAGCUAUUGCUGCCAGUCUUCUCAGUUAUAGCUUUGAAAUAUAUUUAAAUAAAUGUCUUUAUUUCUCAGUAGGAAAGAAUGCACCUUCUUCCCCUUACAAUCUGCAGUCUGAUCACAUACCUCAGGACUAAGUAUGAGCCAGCAUCCUCAUACCAUGGGCACCUGGCCAGUUAAUUAGCUCUACUGAUGUUAAAUAUCAAUAGGAAUAAUGUAUUCACCACAACAUAGCUGGUGGGAAAGAUGCAGAUUAAGAUUUUAAAAGGAAUACUAACAGCAGACUGCAGCACAGAAGGACAACCGGUCUUGUAGUAGCUUUUGUAUAACUUACUCUGAAUAAAACAUUAAGUGUAGAC